AUCGCAAAUAAAGGCAUGUAAACGCGUUCGCUACAAGAUGCAAAGACUGUCCGAACGUGCAACGAAAGAACCGUGGUCGCAUUCUCUUAAAAUAGAAUGACGCCGUGUGCUUCAGUUCGAAAUUUCGAGUGCAUAGUCGAUAAGGUAUCGAACACGGUAAAUGCAGCAUAUCGGAUCGAGAGCGAAAGUGUACGACGUCCGGAUUGAGUGCAUAAAGAGUACGAAAGCGAGGAGCCCGGAUUUGGUCGGAUGAGAGUCACUUGGGCGAGAAUAGAGAGCUUCUCCAGAAAAGAGACACAGAGAGAGAGAGAGGGAGGGAGAAUUGCACGAUCCUUAAAAUCGUCGGAUAUGUUGGAUCGUCGCAUGGAGCGUUGAAAUCUCCGCUUGCACGUCCUCGAUUUCAACAUCGAAACGUCAUGUCUCCGUGGUGAUCUGAACGCAAGUUCUAUCAUGAUUUGUUAGUCGAGCCGUCAAGUGUCAAUUACGAUGUCGUCCAUAAAAAGGACGUCGCCUAGAUCGCAGCAUCGUCAUCUGCAGAUAUCCUCGGCCAAGUGCGGAAAGACGAAACGAGCGAACGAUCGAGCGACCAACGAAGAGAGAUGCAGUGGAAAAUGCCGUGUACAGUGGAGCGAGAAACACGUGAAGGAAGGUUUGGUACUCGUUCAGGAAGCGCAGCUCGCCAAGUUGGUCAAAACCGGACCGAUCACAGAGCAAUACGAAAUCGAUCCAAAGCCGUUUGCUAGCGGUCAGUGGGCGAGAGUCUACCGCUGCAGAUCUCGGUCAACUGGCAUAUUUUACGCGGCGAAGUAUUCGUCCAGGAACAGAUUCAACGUUGAUUGCAGUGCAGAGCUGAGACACGAGAUUGCCCUAUUGUCCCUGUGUUCUCAAUCACCGCGUGUCGUCAAGCUGCACGAUGUCUACGAGACGCAGAAAGAAAUUAUCAUGGUUAUGGAAUAUGCGCCCGGCGGCGAUCUCCAGACGCUCAUUGAUGGCGAUUUGGUACCCCUCGAAGGUGACGUAGUACACUUUGUACGCCAGCUAGUGGAAGGACUCGCCUACCUCCAUGAGAGAAAUAUUGCCCAUUUGGACAUCAAGCCCCAGAAUUUAGUUAUGAUGGGCACCUUCCCGGAGUGCGAUGUUAAGUUGUGUGAUUUCGAGAUUUCGAGAGUGAUCCUCGAGGGUGCUGAAGUACGAGAAAUUCUUGGCACGCCGGAUUACGUCGCGCCUGAAAUAUUGCACUAUAAACCGAUUACAUUGGCAGCUGAUAUGUGGUCGCUUGGUGUCACAACUUACGUAUUGCUAACAGGUUUCUCACCAUUUGGUGGCGAGUCCGACCAAGAAACUUUUCAGAAUAUAUCCUUAGGAGAAGUGGACUUUCCCGAAGAAAUUUUCGAAGAUGUUUCGGCACAGGCAAAGGACUUUGUCGCGAAGCUUUUAGUGCUAGAUUCAAGUGCACGAAUGACCGCAAAGCAAUGCCUUCACCACGAUUGGCUGCGAGGUGCCCCUAUGCAAGCGUCCCCGCAUUUAAGGAGAUACUUAUCGAAAUCGAGGGAGAUUCUUCUGGAACGCGUUGUCAGCAGAGAGAAUUUAAGAAGAGUCGCAUUGAUGAGCCAAACAACCAGUCAGGCGAAUCUCUGUGUAGAUAUUCAGGAUCGAAACCAUCAGCCACAAAGCUUGCAGGAUUGCCUGUUAAGUCAGAGCGAAAUGUGUCUAAAUCAGUGCAUCACAAGAAGUCGUUCCAGCUUAACAGGUAGUGAAGGUUUACCCAGUUCAACGGAUUCUCAGACCAGCUUGAAUUCAUCCGGAUCCAAUCUGAGCUGCGCAAGUCAAAGCUGUUUACUAAAUCAGGAACAGACACAGGGAUUAUUGAAUAAAGCUCAAAGUCGAUCGCACGCUAAUCUGAAUCAGGGCCUGAGUCGCGGAAUACUUUCAAGAAUACGCAGCCUGAAUCGUGUUCAAUCUCAGGCAUGUCUGCUAAAUGGCUCCGCCACGAACAAUUCCGCCGUCAUCUCAAUGAAUCUUGCCAUCAGCAAGUCUCGCGAGAAACUAUAUGGUUUAAGAUGCCUGUCGAAAUCUCAGGGUGUAUUAGAUAUUUACAGAAGUCUGGAGUGCUUGAAACGGCGAAGAAAGAGUUACCAGCGCGCACAAGCCGAUGAUAUACUGCCUAUCUUCAAACAACUCGGCGCAUCCUCCAGACUCGCGCUUUCGAUCAGUGACAAUCGCGCAGUCACUUACACGAAAUUAGAAAUUAGCUUGAUUCCCGAUAAAAUCGAACAAAAAGUUAAUCUAGAUCAACCAAUAGCCGCAUUAACGAAUGAGUUUAGCGGCGAUAAACGCGGCAAUUCGAGUAAUUUGAAGCAGGAAACGAAGAGCGUAGACUCAUUACAGGCUCCGAAAAAGCUUAUUUCGGAGUCCGAGGAAAAUCUGGAUUCCCUCAAGUCCAUCGAGUCGGACACCCUGACGGAAGAUUCGGACGAUAUGGGGCUCAUUGUAAACAAACAUUCAUGCGACCGUCAAUAUUCCGACACUUCCAGCUGUUCCAAUAACUCGGCUGCAUACGACGAUAAGGAAGAUCGUUUGACUGAAUCGGAAAACGAGGAGCCCAAGUAUACUGUAGCGCAGCUGGUUUCGGCAUUCAAUAAGCACCAGGAAGUAGCCUCGAAGACGAGCCUGCAGGCGAUCAUGUUCAAGAAGAGGAUUACUGAGCUGACGUUUCCGACCGGUACGAAGGCGCUGCGUCUCUUUAUUCCGGACAUCAACAUUAACGAGAACAAGAUCAUUCGGCGCAGAACAAGCUACAAGCCGCGAAAGAAUUGGGAGGAGUUUCGAAAAUGCAACGAAAAGAACGAGGGAACUUUAAAAAUCUUCGAUAAUGAUUCUUGCAACGAAGGUGAUGACGACGAGGACGAGAUUCGAAAUGAAACAAGGGAUCAUUCUGCUAUAUGGGCAAACGGACGAGAUACCACGAAUGUUAAGGAGAACGUUUCUGUUAUCUCACGAGAAUUAAUUUGUCGGAAUGAAGAUUUCAUCCCGAAGCAAUGGUCUAUCCUACAACAGGAAGAUGAUAAUAAACACUCUAUCUACGCCGACAAUGCGAGUACUCGAAGUAAUCUCGGCAUUAUUGUUGACGAGAAGUAUAAGCAGUGUGUAAAAGGCGCUAUGUCCAGCAAGAUGGAAACUCCUGAGGACAAAAUUCAGAUACACCGAAAAUCAUUAGAAACACAAUCGAAAGUCGCUGUGGUGGUGUGUCAAAAAGAGAAAUUAUCUAAUUACAUAUAUCCUGAAGUAACUUGCAUAGCCAAAGAUGAUGAAACGCAAUCUAAAAAAAAAAUGACUGUUGCCACGAUUAAUGGAGGACUGGAACCUAGAAUGUCUAAGGCCGAGCGAAUUAAGUUGAGUUCAGGCAUUGAUACUGCGAAUGUAAAUCUUAAGGAUAUUCUACAACAGGUAGAUAAUUCUUCCAAUGAGAACUUGGAGAACUUGAGGAAAAGGACAUCGAUAACAAAAAUUAUAUUGAACGAUAACUUGGUUCAUGAUCAUUUAGACAGUUCUAGCGGUAUCAGAACGAGUUCUCGAGCGAAGAGCGAACUGCCCAUAGUCAGCGAUCAGUCCGGUGAACAAGUGAAUUUAACGACACCACCAUUAUUUAUCCGAUCUUCCUCUUUCUCUAGCGACAGUAGUUACCCGUACCGCGUGCAAUCCGACACAAAUAUGUCAUGGGAGGAUGUUCAGCUUGUCGCGAAUUCUGGCGUAUUUCUGGAAAAAGAUUUCUGCAAGCCUGCGAAAGGAGAUGACAUCCAGCAAACAUCCAGCGACGGAAGGAACAAACAGUGCGCAGAGAAUCGUAAGGUUUGGGGUCGGAUUUGUACGGGCUCUUAUACCAGAGCAAUGGAAAGAUUUACCAGUAAAAAUGUAGACGCGACAAAAAAAUCGUCGAAUUUAAGCCUCACGCAACAAAUGGAGAAGACACGAAGGAAGAGCAGCCCUGCAAUGCCGCAAUAUAUAAACCCUUAACUUUUAAACUACGGAAUAAAAUCACCACUGAGCGCGGUACGAAACUAGUACUUGUUAUGAUACAGUACUUCCGCAAAUUAUAAUAUGAAAAAAAUCAGGAUUCCUAGGCCAGUAUUCAUAGUCAGAUCUUAUAUUUAAGACAGUCUUAAGUUCUUAUCUUAUCAUUAAUAUAAAUACUUAAAUAAACUAAUGCUUAAUAGCGCAAUAGCGAUAAAAUAUAGCCCUUACAGAAAUUUUAUUGAGAAUUACUGAAUUUGCAGUGACUAAAUAUUGAAAAAGCAAUGAAAGUACAGUGGAUAGUGAGCAUAUGUAUAUCAAGCAAAUGUCCCGGUAACGGAAGAUCUAGGAUGCCUGACUGCUAACUAAAUGAUUCAAUACUGUCCUGAGUAUGUAUUUUUCCUUUUUUUACUAUUUUUAUUUUAUUAUUAAUAUCAGUAAAAAAACGU